AUGACGGAUUGUGAAGUUCAGAAAUUAGCUGAAGAAGGUGUUGUCGACGGGAGGGCCAGUUUCAUUCAUGCUACAGCUCAAAAAUUAACCAUGAAAAAUUACAACGAUUUAAAAAUUGGCCUGGGGCUUCUCAACAUAAGAUCUAUAAUGUCAAAGUAUGAAAUGGUUGCAAAUGCUGAGAAGCAGUUGAUUGUGGAAGCAAUGACUGCAGUAGAUUCUGACUGGAGUGUGCGAGGUGUCAAAUAUCCUGCAACUGAACUGGAACAGGUGAAAAGCAAACCACUGCAUGAUCUGGUAUCAGGUACAUCUCGUGCUGCAUUGUUAUCACUUGGAAUGGAUGUUGCUAUCUUGCGUGAAACUGAACCAGACUCAUGGAAUGAUCUUCCUUUAUUUCAAAAAGUAGCAAAUGUUGUGAAGUCACUUAAGGUCGUUAAUGACACUGCAGAACGCACUGUGGCACUCAUGACAAAUUUUAACCAGUCUAUAACCAAAAAUGAAACAGAACUGCAAAAACUGAUACAGGUGGUGGAGGACAAUCGAACACGUAUUCCGGACUUCUCUAAGCGCACAUUACCAGUGCUCAAGCAGCUGCUGCUAUGUUUUGAGUUUGACAUACUAUGA